AGGUUGCCUAAAAAAACAUGGCCGGCUUGGUACCCUUAAAAAAAAACAUGGCCCGGCUUGGAUUCGGAGCAGCGCGGCUGGACGUGUAGGUGCGGUCGACUUCCCGACGCCGGCCACCGCGGAUCCGCCGUCGCUCGAUCCGACCUCCUCUCUGGUUCUUCGCCCCAGGGAGCAGCGGUGCCCUCUCAAGCGACCAGGCGGUGUCCUCCAUCGAGUGUGACAGGAGGAUCCAAAUGGAAUGAUCACUGCUUUCUAUUAAGUAAGGUGUUCUCCGAUGGCUCAAUUCAUGGAUUUACGGGCUUUCAUUUUGCGUGCGCGUGUCCUCAAAUUUUAUAGGCAGGCACUGCGUAUGACUCGCCGAGCCCCUGAACAUGCUCGUGAUGAGUUGAGGCAGACAGUACGGGCGGAGAUUGAAAAAAAUCGCAGUUGUGAUGAUAAGCAAAAGAUUAAGUUUUUAAUUAGUGAAGGACUACAGAGAUUGAAGGGCCUUGAUGAGAUGCUUGACAUGACAGGAAACGGAUAAUUUGAGCUGUAUCAUGGGGACUGUUUCAAUAUUCAGUUAUCUCCCUUGAAUUCAUCGAAACAAUUGUUUGAUGUGGUUCAGUUUUCACAGCAGCAGAAGCUGAAAAGUAGGUGUGCUGGACUUUUCGUGCAAAAUCUGUGCAACCUUUUAUUUGAGAACGCAGAUCAGGUUAGAUGGGCAGCGAUAGAGAGUGGACUUGUGGAGAGUUAGGGCACAAGGUCCAGAUUACAUUUCUUGUAAAACACUGGGAUUGAACCUGCACUUUUCCACUUUAUCGCAACUACCCUUUCGUAUUUGUAAUUUAAUAGUCUGAUGAGUGUUUUCUGUGUGUGGUGUA